AGCCAGUGAGGAAUAUGGCGGAGUAAAUUUCAGUCCCUCAGAAAGUCAAACAAUUAUGAAGAGUACAGAACUUACAUUAGCAGAAGUAUAAGAAAAUUCUUAUUAAAAAGCCGUAACAAAAAUGACUUUGAAUCAGGUCGGUCAAGAUCAAGACAUAAAACAGAUCCAAUCGUUUUUGCAAUCUUAUAAUAAACUAUCAGAAAGUUGCUUUAUGGACUGUAUACAAGAUUUUACGAACAGGACUAUUUCAGUAAAUGAGAACAAAUGUGUGAUGAAUUGCGCUGAAAAGUAUCUUAAGAUGACUCAAAGAAUAACAUUACGAUUACAAGAACAGCAGCAAAUUCAAAGUGAAGGGUUGAUAUCUGGGACAAAAAAAUGACACCCAUAUCAUAUUGAAAUUUUACUGUGAAUUAACAUGUAGCUUUAACUUUGAGACUACUUCAAUUACAAAUUUUUUAUAAUACAAUGUAAAAAAUCCUUGAGUAUUGUAUACUAAGGUGAAUACUAAAAUUAUUUAUUUAUGAUCAGCUAAA